AUGCUUCUAGAAUUGGAGGUUGAUACAGAUGACAAGACUGAUCCUAGCUACGGGGUGGUUCUCUUCCUCAUCCUCUCCGCAGCGGAAGCUGUAUGCGCAAUCUUAUGUGCCAGUGCCCCUGUCGUGGGCCCUCAGGUCUUCAAGGAAUACAAAGCGCAUCAUAACAGCACUCCAAAACAUACUACUACCGGCGCUUCCUCUAAAUUGGCUACCGUUUCCACUUCCAGUAAACGGUUCCACAAACUCAGUGGGGAGUCAGGCGAUUUGUCCUCCGACGAAACGCAGAUACUUCCCGAUCAAGUCCAAGACACUCAACAUGCGAUACCGCUGAACUCGGUAAAUAUCGAGACGCCUGCUAGGGCGCGAAGCUCGCAGCCGGGCGAUGACGAGAUCGUGGUGAAGAGUGAGGUUUAUGUGACGAGGGCAGAGGACAGCAAUAUGUAUAAUGCCAUGUGA